GGAGGGGAAGGGUGGAGCGGGCAGGAGAGGGAAAGGGAGGGGGAGACGGAGAGCCGGCACAGUUUCUUCCCGGACAUGGCUUUCAGGAGGAGGAAAAGUUAUCCGCUCUUCAGCCAGGAGUUUAUCAUUCACAACCAUGCAGAUAUCGGCUUCUUCUUCGUGCUGUGCGUGCUCAUCGGGCUUAUGUUUGAGGUCACUGCGAAGACUGCCUUCAUCUUCAUCUUGCCUCAGUAUAACAGCAGCAUUCAGACGCUAGAUGGCGAGAUAUUGUAUUAUCAUUACGGGGUGAAAGAUUUGGUCACCAUCCUCUUCUACGUGGUCAUCGCCAUCAUUCUGCACGCCAUCGUACAAGAGUACAUUCUCGACAAAAUAAAUAAACGUCUUCAUCUGUCCAAAGUGAAGCAGAGCAGGUUUAAUGAAUCGGGGCAGCUAGCGGCCUUUCAUCUCGCCUCCAUGUUUUGGUGCCUCUAUGUAUCUGCUACGGAAGGCUAUUUAUCUUAUCCAAAAACCCUGUGGGAAAGUUACCCUCACGUUUACCUGCCCUUCCAAGUAAAGUUUUUCUACCUGUGUCAGCUGGCUUACUGGCUACAUGCACUGCCUGAGUUAUACUUCCAGAAGGUGAAAAAGGAGGAAGUUCCGCGUCAGUUGCAGUAUAUUGUUCUCUAUCUGCUCCAUAUAGCAGGAGCUUACCUGCUCAAUUUAACUCGCUUGGGGCUGAUCCUGCUGCUCCUGCAGUCAGUGGCAGAAUUCCUCUUCCACAUCGCCCGCCUCUUCUACUUCACCGACGAGAACAAUCAAAGGCUAUUUAAUGCCUGGGGCGUAGUCUUUGUCAUUACUCGCCUUUUUACCCUCACCCUCUCUGUUCUGACCAUCGGAUUUGGUCUUGCGCGAGCCGAGGUUCAUACGUUCAACCCGGACAAAGGGACCCUCAAUACUCUUCUCUUCAGGAUGGUGGUGUUACUGCUGAUGUGCGUAUCCCAGACCUGGAUGAUGUGGAGGUUCAUCCACUUCCAGUUGCGUCGGUGGCGUGAGUGCUGUAAAGAACAAGCGGCCAGGAAGAGAUCGGUAGCAGUAGCCAUGAUGAAGCAGCAAGCCAAAGUCAUUAAAAGGGAAUCUGGUUAUCACGAAAAUGGAGUUGUGAAAGCUGAGAAUGGAUCCACCCCCCGACAGAAGAAAAUCAAAUCUCCUUAACGGCCAAACGAAGUGAUACCAGAAUUUGGAGGAGACCGCGAGCCUCGGACUGAAUCCUCCACAUUUCUGCCUGCCCAGUGGGCAAAUAACAAGUGCCUUUUUGGAACCCUCACUAGGAACUAUUUACUAUAUAAUUAAACACCGCAAUCAACUUGCCUUGUCCCCACCCACUCCCCAGCCAGGUCCAAUCAAGCCUCGGGGCUGGGGUGGGGGUAUGUACAUUCCCGUUUAUUGAGUGAAUUAUUCUAGUCUGUGUUGCUAUUCUCAUCAUACAGAGCAUCAGUUGCACCAAUCCAAAUCUCCGGAACCUCCUCAUUGGCCUCUGUAGGUCCACAUCUCUUCAGUGUGACUAAUGGCUGACCCUGCGAGGAGGCAAAUCAUGGAUGGCAGUUGCUUUUAGCCAUUAAACUCGUGGUUGAGUUUUGGGUAAAAUCCUGUGACUGAAGAAUUGCGUUGCGGUUACAAAAAAAA